AUGGACGAUGGACGAAUAAGCGUGUCGCCCUAUGACACUGCAUGGGUUGGCCUAAUUAGAGAUCUUGAUCAAGGACGGAAUAUUCCUCAAUUUCCGUCAAGUAUUGAAUGGAUUUCAAAUAAUCAACUCUUUGACGGUUCGUGGGGUGACGAACACUAUUUCUUGGCGUACGAUCGGUUAAUCAAUACACUAGCAUGUGUAGUUGCAUUGAGAUACUGGAAUGUUCAUGGUGACAAGAGUGAUCGAGGGAUAUCAUUUAUUAAAGAUAAUAUAAGUACGCUUGGAGAAGCGAGCCCCGAUCACAUGACAUGUGGAUUCGAAGUUGUGUUUCCUGCGCUUCUUCAACGAGCUAAAGAAUUGAACAUUGGCGGUAUUCCUUAUGAUGCUCCGGUUAUUCAAGAUAUUUUGGAUGUUAGAGAUCGAAAGAUGAAAAGGGUGCCUAAGGAACUAUUGCACGAGGUACCAACGUGCUUAUUACACAACUUGGAAGGACUUGGGAAUUUGGAAUCCCUCGGAAAAUUAGAGUGGCCGAAGAUUCUAAAGCUGCAAACACCAAAGGGGUCGUUUAUUACUUCCCCUGCCGCGACUUGUUACGCGAUUACGGAGACUAAUGAUCAAGAUUGCAUCGAAUUUAUUCAAUACGUCGUUAAUAAAUUCGAUGGUGGAGCUCCGACGGUAUACCCUGUGGAUAUAUACGCACGACUCUGGGCCGUUGAUCGACUGGAACGACUUGGAAUUUCGCGAUUCUUUGAGCCAGAAAUUAAGAGUUGUUUGGAUCAUGUAUAUAGGUUUUGGACAGAAAAGGGAGUUUUUAGUGCAAGAAAUUCAGAAUUUUGUGACAUUGAUGAUACAUCCAUGGGUAUCAGACUUCUUAGGUUGCAUGGAUACAAUAUUACCCCAAAUGCACUGAAAACAUUCAAGAACGGUGACGAGUUCACAUGCUACGUCGGUCAAGGAUUCGAGUCACCGUCUCCGAUAUUUAAUCUGUAUAGGGCUUCUCAAGUAUUAUUCCCAGGUGAAACAAUUCUUGAAGAAGCCAAAGAAUUCUCCUACAAAUUUCUAAAACAAAGGCUAGACAACAAUGAACUUCUUGAUAAAUGGUUAAUCUCCAAACAUCUCCCUAAUGAGAUAAAGUGUGGUUUAGAAAUUCCAUGGUAUGCCAGCUUGCCUCGAAUUGAGACUCGUUUUUAUAUCGAAAAUUACGGUGUAGAUGAUAUAUGGAUUGGCAAGUCAUUGUAUAGGAUGCCGGAAAUCAAUGAAGAACGAUACCUUGAGCUCGGGAAAUUAGAUUACAACAGAUGUCAAGCGCAGCAUCAGAUGGAAUGGAACCAUAUGCAGCAAUGGUACGAACAUUCGAAUCUUGAAGAAUUUGGAGUAAGCAAAAAGGAACUGCUCCUCGCGUUUUUCGUUGCGAGUUCAAGCAUAUUUGAAACAGAGAAAUACGGAGAAAGAAUAGCUUGGGUUAAAACCAAUAUCCUCUCUAAUAUUCUUUCGAAUCACUAUUAUUCCAUUGAAGAUUCUUCGGAGCAGAGGACUGAA